GAUAAGCGUUCAGUUCGCGAUUAAAGGCACGAUCGAUCGGAAGCAUUCUCGACGUAGUCCCUUACGGUGGUAGUCGUUUCUUGAUCGCUGGAGUGACCGUGAACCGUGUAGUAUAGAGGGAGGUGCUUUCUAGCUCUCCAAAAACGUCACAAAUGGUACAUACAGUCAUGUUUUGGUGGCUGGUGGUGUUUCUAGUUAAAGCUGUGCUUGCACAGCGACGAAUAAAUCAGGCGUGCAUUCUAACGAAUGGAAGAUCUGGACAAUGCAUCCGUAUUGGCGAGUGUUCCAAGAUAGCGGAGCUGACGACCCGAAAUGUGCUAUAUUCGUGGGAAAUGCAGCAGAUAAGGGCGGUGUUGCGUGCCUGCGAAAGUGAUGAGAGCUCAUCCGACCCAAUUGUUUGUUGUGAAUCAGCGCAGUCGACACCCACUAGACGUAGAUUAAAUAAAGCAGUAGCAUCAACUGCUGCUACUUCAACAACUACAAGAACAACAACUACUACUACUAGUAGUACAACGGCUUCUUAUCCAUCUACCACAACAACAGGGCGACGAGUUACCUUGCAUCGCGACACAACGACGAUAAGUCCGACAUAUGCUGCAGGAUUCACAACUUCUAUUAUGCCUGAUACUACGCCUAAUUCUACGCCUGCUAAGUUUGCAAUAAGAGGAAUAUUUGACUUGAAAACAUCCAGCUCCACAAUCCAUUCGGACCACUUCAAGGAUGUGCUUCCGGCACAUUGUGGUGAGUUAUCGCCCUUGGCACUCGUCUAUUCCGAAGUGGAAGACGAAGAGAACGUCCACGUGUGGGCCGUGUACUUAGAGAUUCAGCGCUCCAAGAGCACCACCAAGGGACGAUGUGUAGGGACCUUGAUCCAUGAACGGUACGUCCUAACCGCAGCACACUGUGUCCACAACUUGAAGUUGGAAAAUAUCAAACUGUACUUCGGACUGUUCUUGAUCAGCACGCUGGGGCAGUGUCUAGCCGAUCGUGUAUGCCAGGAACGGCGGGCAGCAGAACUGAUCGUUCAUCAGAAUUAUAAUUCUCAUGCCCGAUUGAAUGAUAUCGCACUCAUCAGGGUAAGCGAAGCCGUUCAAUUCACCAAGGACGUCAAGCCCGCCUGUCUACCAUUUAACUAUCUGUUCGACGAGAGUUUGGCUAGUCCACGGGUGCUUUCGCUCGGUUGGGGUGAAUACCAACAAGGUACAAUGAGCGAUUCAAAACGCAUCGUGCAGCUGGAAAUAAUCAAAGAGGACGAAUGUGGUGAACAGCUCAAGAAGUGGCAACGAUUUAACAUCUCUAUGAUCUCCAGCGUCAUGUGUACGGUCGGUGUGCUGGCCGGGCAAGACGUUUGCGAAGGUGAUUCAGGAGCACCGAUAGUACAGAUCCGGAACGACCGCUACUUUGUGAUCGGUGUGGUCAGCUUCGGUCCCAAAUGUGGUAUGGGCACGGGCAUCGCCGGUAUGUCGACGCGCGUGUCAGAAUACAAAAAUUGGAUUCUAACCAACAUGAAUCGUCAUCUGAUUUAAGAAGGACUGAAGUAUGCGUGGUGCGCAUGGUUGGGCUUGACCGGUAUGAGUUUGUGCAGUAGACCGUGCGUGUCAGUAUGGGUGAAUUGUCUAUUUGUAAAUAAAAAUAUUCCUGAUCUUGCAAA